AUGGAGCAUGUGUGGGAGCCCGGGCCUGCGAAGUUCACCGUUCCUAUCAACCCCCUAUCCCUCAGGUUCAACCACGACAAGUCGGUCGCUGACUUCUUGAAGUUCUCGCCUCAGAAGCUUCUCUGCCAGCCUUUCAUGUCUGCAACGGCUAGCUCUCCGCAGGCACAAAUUCAGCGGCGCAAGAAAUGGCUCCGUGCCAGCGACAUACAAAAGAGUUGGAGCCUGAGCACCGUCCUCACGACCGCCAUUCCCUCCAGAAUGUCCUCGCAUGUUUGCGUCUCAGGUCAGCUGAUGGUGCAAUGGGACUUCGCCGAGCGUCGCUGGUGGGACAUCCGCGAGGCACGGUCUCCGUACGCCCAAGCCAUGUCAAUCCUGCCGGCGAAGCCGGCUCGCAAGCCGCCGUCUCCCACCGAAUCCAUGGCGAAGCUCCUCCGCUCCUGUGCGACGGAAGCGAACAAGCGCGAGCUUCUGGUGAACCACGGGUGGACAGGCUACCAAGCCCAGAAGAAGGAGGAGUGGGUAGUGUGGUGGUACCUCAGCGACACCAUCUGGGCGUGGGAAAGCGAUCUCUUCGGAGCCGAAGAGGCAAGGCUAGGCGAGAGAGAGUGGCCAGUGGAGUCAGCUGAACAUGUUUUCGUGCCAGGCCAGCGCACAGUGAGCGGGCAGCUUGCUGCAGUGCGCGCGCAGCGCCCAGGUACAAGGGAAUGCCAGCAAAGAAAGAAGGAAAGCAAGUGCUUGUAG